CAGAUGUCUUUCUGCCUGACCGAGAUGUUCCUGUGGUCUUUGAAGACUAACUUACAUAUUAGAGGUGAAGAUAUUGGGAUCCACCAGUACUAUGACAAGAAAGAACCAGCAUCACAGAUGAAGCAUGGUUACUUAGAAGAGAAGCAAAAGCUAGCAGAAUCUCGAGAUUAUCCUUGGAUACUGAAAAACAAGCGACCAGACAAACUGCGAGAUACACUCAAGGAGGUAGAGGACUUAAUGCAAAACAGUCAAUGUAUGCUGAGCAAAUGGAAGAACAAACAUAUCUGUCAGCUCCUCUUUCACUCAGGUAUAUUGGUGUCCCUAAGCCUUUCUGGGCCACAGCUGGAGAAAGUGGUGAUUGACAGGACCCUGGUGGGGAAGCUCAUCUCCAACACCAUCAGUGAUGCUGUUCUUACAGACAAUUUCAUCAUCUUGUCAUUUGAGGACCAUAACCAACUCUGCUUUAUUCAGUUUACAAAGAAGAUGGAUUCUCCUGAUGUAAACAAAAGACUGGAAAAACUCUCUUGUUUGGACUUUAAGAUUUCUCAUACCGAUAUACUUGGACCAGAAGGUAGAAGGAUGAAACGUCACCUGGCAAUAAACUGUAUGCAAGAUAUGGUCAUUUGCUGGUGGUCAGCAACUAGUGAUGGAGCAUGGCCUUGGUCUCCUAUUUCCUGUGAGAGGGACAGAGCCAACCUAUUGCUAUUAGGCUGUGCACAUGGCAAAUUGGAGGUUCUGAGCUAUGUCCGUACCGAAUGGGAUCCACUCGAUGCUAGCUUCAGCACUAACCAGCCUUAUCAGGUUUACACAGUAGAGCACUCCAUCUCUGCAGACAAGAAGCCCAUGGCUGACAGCUGCAUCUACAAGUGUGUUAGGAACAAAAUUCAGUGUGCAACAGUCACCAGAAUACCACUACGAUCCAAGGCCAUCAGCUGUUGCAGAGACAUUACAGAAGACAAACUGGUCCUGGGUUGUGAAGAUUCAUCAAUAAUUAUGUAUGAAGCCUACAACCAAGUGACUCUGUUAGCUCAAGCAGAACUGUUGCCUGCUUUAAUAACCUACCACCCUUCCGGAGCCAUAUUCAUGGUUGGCAGCUCACAAGGGGAGCUGCAACUUUUUGACACGGCACUGUCCCCAGUUAAAAUUCAGCUCUUGGCACAAGACUAUUCACCUGAGGCAACUCUGCAAUUCAGUAAACAUUUUGAUGUGCCUAGCAGCCUCAUCCAGAUCCAGUGGGCUGCUCCUCAAGUUGCAGCUGCCAGCACUGACGGCACAGAUAUUCAUGAUCUUUUGUUGGUUAGAUUUGACAAAGGACCCUUAGGAGUACUUCACUUUAAACUUGGUGUGAUCACAAGAGGACAGCUGGGCCUUGUGGAAAUCAUCCACCAGUACAUUCGUUACGAUGAGAUACAUGAGGCAAUUAAUGUCCUGAACACCAUGAACUGGAACACGAUGGGUCGUCAGUGUUACAUAUGCUUGAGUGCCAUUGUCAAUCACCUUCUUAAACAAAAGCUUACACCAGACAGAGAAGCACAGCUUGAGGCAAGCCUUGGAACCUUUUAUGCUCCAACAAGACCCCUCUUGGAUACAACUGUGCUGGAGUACAGGGACCCAAUCAGCAGAUAUGCAAGAAGGUUCUUCCACCACCUGCUCAGGUGA